UUCAUUUAGUUCUGCAAGCUAUAUAAGAUCAGAGCCAGAGAUUGACUCUGUCCAAAAAAAGACUGAAUGGUACUGCUCAUUCAAGAAAGUCUUAGGAUGGACUAGACAAGAUCAAAAGCGACAACAAUGGGCGAUUUACAGGAUAUCGCUAUUGUUGGGAUCGGGUGUAGAUUUCCAGGCGCUGAUAAUUUAGAAGAAUUCUGGCGUGUACUUAGGAAUGGCGAGAACCAUGUAAAAGAAGUACCAGCUAGUAGAUGGAAUUUAGAUGUAUUCUUUGAUCCGGACCCAAACACACCAGGCAAGACUUAUGUUCGCAAUGCAGGUUUUGUAAAGGGGGUCGAAGAAUGGGAUCACCGCUUCUUCGGUUUGAACGAUAUGGAAGCAGAACUUGUUGACCCCCAGCAGAGACUGGUUCUAGAGUGUGUUCAUAUGGCGCUCGAAGAUGGUGGAAUAAGACGAAAUGAUAUCGAUGGUUCGGACACGGCAGUUUACAUAGGUACGCAUGAUGAAUUGAUAUAAUUCGUGACUGAUUCAUACGAAAG